UGUGGUGAUGGGGUCGAGUGUCUGUGUGGCGCGGCUGUUCCGGACGCUGCAGUGUCGCCGGGCCAAAAUUUACCCGCGCGGCGCAAGACCGGUGGCGGCCGCGGGGCAUCGGCUUCAGCCGCUAGCUGCGGGGCGGCUUCCGGCGGGCCCAGGGCUCUGCCGGGCAUACCUGACACCAGACGCUGCGCGCGGCCUGCAGGGCGGGACGCGGCUGGAGGAGCCGGAGGAGCCGGCCGCGGGCGAGGGGCUCCCGGAGUCGGGCGUAGUAGAUCCUACUGGUCCCAAGUUUGACAUCGAUACACUGGUUUCACUUCUGAGACAAGAAAAUGCAAGAGACAUUUGUGUGAUCAAGGUUCCUCCAGAAAUGAAAUAUACAGAUUACUUUGUGGUUGGUAGUGGGACUUCUACUCGACACUUGCAUGCAAUGGCCUUCUACAUUGUGAAAAUGUACAAAUACCUGAAAUGUAAAAGUGAUCCUCAUGUUAAGAUUGAAGGGAAAGACACUGAUGACUGGCUAUGUGUGGACUUUGGCAGCAUGGUGAUUCAUUUGAUGCUUCCAGAAACAAGAGAAACCUAUGAAUUAGAGAAAUUAUGGACCCUACGUUCUUAUGAUGAUCAGUUAGCUCAGAUAACAACUGAGACAUUACCUGAAGACUUCAUCCUUGGAAUGGAAGAUGAUACUGCAUCCUUAACUCCAGCGGAGUUCAAAUGUAUCUGGAAAUGAAGGUACAGUUGGAACACAUUACAGAUGAGAAAUGAUCCAAUGUGGUGAGUACAAAACUCAAUUACAGAAUUUAUUAACCAGAUACCUCUUAUUACCAAUGUUUAAUUGAAAGUAAAACAUGAUUUGCCACACUAAAAGGCUAGAAGUGAAGGAUGACAGAGUUUAAACCAGCAAAUAUAAAUGAGUGCCUAUCUGUAUAUAUGUAGAAAACAAAACACCACACCAAAUAUUGGAGAAAAUCAAACACUGAGGAAGAACUCUGGUCUUAAGCACGUCUAACCUGAAAUCCAACCAGAAAGCCAGUUCAUUAUUUUUUAAACGAUUUUUUUUUUCAUACAGUAAAUGAAUUUUGUGACAAAAAGGGCACUUUUUGGCUAAACCUACAAAAUAAACUGGUUUUCUGAAAAUAUUUCAAAAUGUCUGAUUUCAAAACUAGUCUGUGUAGAAAUUCUUGAAAUAUGAAUGAGACAAACAUUUUAAAGGGUUAUUAUACCCCUUUAGGUCAUGUCAUGAUUAUUUUAUGAACAAAAAGCAACACAGACAAUUCAGAGAGCAGCGUGGCCUUGUAGACCACCCACACCCACAUAAUUGUACAUACCAGGCUUUACUAUCAAGUUAAGGAAUAGGCAAAUGAGCUCAGUAUCAAAGGUUAAAUGUUAUCAAACUGUAUCCCAAAAAUUGUUUCCUUGUAUUCUCUACCUUUUGACUUAUCCUCAAAUAACUGGUUGGAGAGAAUACAGAAAUUCUGUUCUAUUUUAUGUAGCAUUUUUAGGUGGCCUUUCAUUUUUCUUGAUUUGCUUAAAAGUCUUCAAAAUAGCUUAGUGAGGUUCAUGACAGUGCCUGGCACAUGGAAUUACAGCUUUUUAUUGCCUUUAAACACUGUCACACCUCUGACUGCCCCAUUGGUCUUUACAAAGCAAUUUUGGGGUCUGCACACUGCGUAGAUCAACUGGUCUUAAGUGUACUGGCAAAACAAGCUAAAGCUUGCUUUUUGCCAAUCUGUUUAAAGUCCACAGGGGCUGGCUGCAUCCCUUCUUUGAUGCACUCUCUUUAGGUAGUGAUAGUCAAAAGCACAAAGCAUUUAUGUAUUCAAUAAGGUAGCCAAACAAGACUGAAGUCUCCUGAAGCCAUUCAAACUAGCUGUUCCAAAACCUCCUGCAACCACUUUGCUCUGUUAGUACCAUCAAACACUUACCCUAUCAUAAAGCAAAAAAAAAAAAAAAUGGUAUUGCUGCUCUCCAAAUAUAGGCACUGCUCCAAUUACUGGGUUUCCAAACUAGUAACUGUCAAAGCCUCAAAAAACCUGAAAUUAAAUUUCUAGCUUUAUUGUCAACCAGCCAGAAGUAAAAUUGUUUUGUUAGUCGCCUGUUAGCUGAUUAAUUUGUUUUUUUAAAAAACAGUUGGACUUUUAUCUUUAUAAAGU